GCUGGCAGCGGUUGAGAGUUGGGAGCAGUUGGGACACGCCCCCGUUCAGAACCUGGUGAUAAUCCCACCUCAACAGGCUUUUUCUCUUCCCCUUGCAGUCCCCCCGAAGGAGCCAGUGCUGAUGUGCCGGUCCAACAACUACCCAAAGGGUUUCUACUGCAGCUGGCACCUGCCCACUCCCACCUACAUCCCUAAUUCCUUCAACAUCUCCGUCAUUCACGGCACGAGAGAGAUGGUCUGCGAGAAGGAUGUCUUUCCCAAAAACAGGUGUCACAUCAGGUACCUCCAGCUCUUCUCGACUGUGAAGUACAAGGUGACUCUGACAGUCACGAAUGCUCUGGGCAAAAGCUCCACCACUCUCACCUUUGACGAGUUCGCCAUAGUAAAACCAGACCCUCCAGAGAGCGUGGUGGCCAAACCUGUGCCCAAUAAUCCUCGCAGGCUGGAGGUAUCAUGGCAAAACCCCUCGUCCUGGCCAGACCCUGAGUCUUUCCCACUCAAGUUCUUCUUGCGGUAUCGACCCCUCAUCCUGGACCAGUGGCAACAUGUUGAGCUGUCGGACGGGACAUCACACACCAUCACGGACGCCUAUGCUGGCAAGGAGUACAUCAUCCAAGUGGCGGCCAAAGACAACGACAUCGGCACAUGGAGUGACUGGAGCGUGGCUGUCCAUGCCACCCCCUGGACGGAGGAGCCCAAGCACCUCACCACGGAGGCGCAGAUCACAGAGACAACAAGCACUAGCACCUCCUCUUUCAUGCCACCCCCCACCACCAAGAUCUGUGACAAGGGGGCCGUGGUGGGCAGCGGAGCUGUGGCAGUGUGUUGGACAGCUGGACUGGUCUUGGCUGCCUAUGGCGUCCUCUUUAUUUAG